CGCACAUUCAGCCUCUAACGGAGACAGAGGAACUGUGGACUGCUUACAGCAAGAUCUGGACCCACAACCAGAACCCACAACAGGUAGGAAAAGAGACUCCAGAACCCUAACCCAUCUGGACCCAGGACCCAGAACCCACAACCCAGAACAAUCUGGACCCAGGACCCGGAACUCAGGACCCUAACCCUCAACAGCAGCAGCGUUGUGAUGAAGCUUGGUUGGAGGCCUUCACAGACAACAUGGCUUUGAAUGCUCAUCAUCCAACUUCCAGAUGUGACUUCAUCACCUGCAACUGAUGGAGACAAGAACUGAGGUUCAUGUCCCAAAACAGGAUCAGAUAUAUUGUUUACCCAGAACCUCUGGAGUCACUGUGAGUGGAUCUGGACCUAGACUUGGACCUGAACCUGAGCCCAGCUGUGUCUCCCUGAUGAGUGGACAGUCCAUGGACCCUCCUGAACCCAGUAGACGGUCCAUGGACCCACCUGAACCCAGCUGUGUGUCCAUGAGGAGUGGAUGGUCCAUGGACCCACCAAUAGUUUUUAACCAACCAAUCCCAGGUUUGGGAACGAUGAAGACUCUAAGUGGGUGUGUUUUUGUUCGGAGUGUGCAGGACUUCACCUCAGAUCAGCAGAAAAAUACAUACACACUAUGGGAGCAGCAGUGUGUAGGGUCAAGUGGUCAGCACCAUCACACCGACCUGGACUCCGUAUUUAAGCGGCUGGAGGAAGACAUCACCAGGUUUGUCAAGAAGGAGCUGAACAAGUUCCAGCAGAUUCUGAGUCCAGAUUAUGGAGGAGCGGCAGAACGCCUGAAGGACCAGGAUGAAGAACAGAGGACAAGCAGAGAGGCCGUUCUGAAGAUCACACUGAACUUCCUGAGGAAGAUGAACCACCAGGACCUGGCCCAACGUCUGCAGACCAAAUCUCCUGACAUGUGCCAGUCCAACCACAAAUCCAACCUGAAGAAAAAGUUUGAGUGUGUGUUUGAGGGCAUCGCUAAAGCAGGGAACCCCAAAACCCUCCUGAACCAGAUCUACACAGAGGUCCACAUCACAGAGGGAGGGGCUACAGAGGUCAACCAGGACCAUGAGGUCAGACAGAUUGAAACGACUUCCAGGAAACCAGACCAACCGGAAUUAACCAUCCUGUGUCAGGACAUCUUCAAAACACCAGCUGACAGAGAUCGACCAAUCAGAACAGUGCUGACAAAGGGCGUGGCUGGCAUCGGGAAAACAGUGUCCACACAGAAGUUCAGUCUGGACUGGGCUGAAGACAAAGCCAACCAGGACAUCCACUUCAUAUUUCCAUUCACCUUCAGAGAGCUGAAUGUGCUGAAACAGAAGAAGUUCAGCUUGGUGGAACUGGUUCAGCACUUCUUCACUGAAACCAGACAAGCAGGAAUCUGGAUCUUUGAAGACCUCCGGGUGGUGUUCAUCUUAGACGGUCUGGAUGAGUGUCGACCUCCUCUGGACUUCAACAACACUCAGAUCCUGACUGAUGUGACAGAGUCCAGCUCAGUGGAUGUGCUGCUGAUGAACCUCAUCAGGGGGAACCUGCUUCCCUCUGCUCGCCUCUGGAUAACCACACGACCUGCAGCAGCCAAUCAGAUCCCUGCUCAGUGGGUGGACAUGGUGACAGAGGUCAGAGGGUUCAAGGACCCACAGAAGGAGGAGUACUUCAGGAAGAGGUUCACAGAUGAGAAAUGGGCUGGUACGAUCAUCGACCACAUCAGGAAGUCCCGAAGCGUCCACAUCAUGUGUCACAUCCCAGUCUUCUGCUGGAUCACCGCUACAGUUCUGGAGGACGUGUUGAAGACCACAGAGGGAGGAGAACUGCCCAAGACCUUGACUCAGAUGUACAUCCACUUCCUGGUGGUUCAGGCCAAACUGAAGAAUGUCAAGUAUGAUGGAAGAUCUGGGACAGAUCCACCCUGGAGUCCAGAGACCAGGAAGAUGAUUGAGUCUCUAGGAAAACUGGCCUUUGAGCAGCUGAAGAAAGGAAACCUGAUCUUCUAUGAAUCCGACCUGACAGAGUGUGGCAUCGAUAUCAGCUCAGCCUCAGUGUACUCAGGAGUGUUCACAGAGGUCUUCAAAGAGGAGAAAGGACUGUACCAGGACCAGAGGUUCUGCUUCAUCCACUUGAGUGUCCAGGAGUUUCUGGCUGCUCUUCAUGUCCAUCAGACCUUCACCAACACUGGAGUCAAUCUGCUGUCAGAAGAACAAACCACAUCCCAGUGGUCUGGAUCUGCAGAGGCACAGUUCUACCAGAGGUCUGGAUCUACAGAGGCACAGUUCUACCAGACCGCCGUGGACCAGGCCUUACAAAAUCCAAAUGGACAGUUUGACUUGUUCCUUCGCUUCCUCCUGGGUCUGUCCCUGCAGACCAAUCAGGGUCUUCUAGAAGGUCUACUCACACAAAGAAAAUGCACCUCACAGACCAAUCAGAAAACUGUUGAGUACAUCAAGGAGAAGAUCGAUGAGAAUGUGUCUGCAGAGAGAAGCAUUAACCUGUUCCACUGUCUGAAUGAACUGGGGGAUCGAGAUUUGGUGGAUCAGAUCCAACAGUACCUGAAAUCAGGAGGUCUGUCCAAACAGAAGCUGUCCUCUGCUCAGUGGUCCGCUCUGGUCUUCAUCCUACUGUCGUCAGAAAAGGACCUGGACGAGUUUGACCUGAACAAAUACGGUGCUUCAGAGGAGGCUCUUGUGAAGCUCCUCCCAGUGGUCAAAGCCUCCAACAAAGCUCUACUCAGCGGCUGUAACCUCUCCGACAGAAGCUGUGAAGUCCUGUCCUUGGUUCUGGGGUCCCAGUCUUCCAGUCUCAGACACUUGGACCUGAGUAACAAUGACCUGAAGGACUCUGGUGUCAGGCAUCUGUGUGCUGGACUACAGAGUCCCAACUGUACCCUGGAGACUCUCAGACUGUCUGGAUGUCUGAUCACUCAGGAAGGCAGUUCUUGUCUGGCCUCGGCUCUGAGCUCCAACUGUUCUCAUCUGAAGGAGCUGGAUGUGAGCUACAACCACCCAGGAGACUGUGGAGGACUCCUCCUGUCUGCUGGACUACAGGACCCACUUUGGAGACUGCACACUCUCAGUUUGGAUCCUUCUGGAGUCCAAUGGUUGACGCCAGGUCUGCGGAAGUACUCCUGUGACAUCACACUGGAUCCGAACACCGCUCAGGCGAAGCUCAAACUGUCGGACGGGAACACGAAGGUGACGUAUAUGGCCGAGGACCAACAACACCCCCAUCACCAGGACCGCUUUGACUGGUACUCUCAGGUGUUGAGCUCGACGGUCCUGAGUGGGCGCCGGUACUGGGAGGUGGAGUGGAGGACCAAGGCCGACAUAUCGGUGUCUUAUGGAGACAUCCGCAGGAAAGGGAAGGGUCUGGAAUGUCUGUUCGGAUGCACCGAUCAGUCCUGGAGGCUCCGCUGCUCCGCCGACUGUUACUCCUUCUGCCACAACAACGUCACCACCUACCUGUCGUUGUCGUCGUCGUCGUCCGGUCGAGUGGCGGUGUACGUGGACUGUCCUGCCGGAUCCGUGUCCUUCUACAGGGUGGUCUCUGGUCAGCUGAUCCACCUCCACACCUGCUACACCCCAGUGACUGCCCCAGUGCAUGCUGGGUUUGGGCUGUGGUCUGGUUCCUCAGUGUCUAUUUGUGAUCUGAAGGACGAAAGGGUAUACCCUAACUUGAAAAAGGUUAGGGUAUGCUAACCUUAACCCUUACCUUAAAAGGUUAGGGUAUGCUCAGUGGUGCAGAAAGGGUCCCCUGGGAUCCCAAGCUAUAUAUAUAUAGCAUGCAACCUGCACGCUCUCUCUCACUCUGACAGAGACAGACAGGUGGGGGAGGGGCAAUUUGGACUCAGGGGGUCCCUUCAGAGAAUUUGAGACAGCUAGUUGUUACUGCAACUUCUCACUUCCGCUGUGCAGUGAACUUAUUCUU